AAACUUUUUACUGAUAUUAAUGGUUUAGUUAUCUUCAUUGCUAUUUUUACUUUCAAUAUGUCACUUUAACUUGACCUAAGUCUAUUUUCUCACCCCUAACUAUUUGUUAUGUAUAUGCUGAGGAGAUUUUAUGGAGCUGCUUUAAUCUAUACAUCAGUUAAAGAAUCAAUCAAUACAGAUGUUUUCUUAGAUUAUCUCAAACAUCGUCUGUUUGAUAUGCCAUUGAAAAAUUCUGCAAUGCUUGUUGAUCCGGAAGCAAUAUUUAUUCCUGCUGGUUGGGAUAGUCUUCAUCGAUUGGAAUUGUUCAAGAAAAGUUUAUCGCCGAAUCUAAUUGACAGCAGUUAUAAUCAAGUCAUUCCAAGGCCAUUGAAGCUUAGAAGAAAAGGAUCUUGUGCUUCAACAUGUACUGAGUUUGACUUGCAGAGUAACGCUACUGAUAUGUAA